UUUGAUCUAUCCCUGUUCUGACAUUCAUCAUUCCUAAAUUCGCCUCCUUUGCAACCAAUCUGUUGAAUUUCUUUAGUAAUUUGUUUAAAAAAAGCGCAUUAAAAUAUACUUUUGUGUGUUAUUAAUACCUGAUUCGAAUUUUGUGCACUUAUAUUGCUUUAAAAAUUAAAAUUCAGACUUUUGUGCCAAAAAAAUGGAGGAUAUAUUUCAUUGGUGUCGUGAAGGAAACUCGAUACAAGUGCGUCUGUGGCUGGAAGAUACGGGCAAUGAUAUGAAUUUGGGGUAA